AUGCUAAAGUAGAAGAAGAGAAAGAAGCCAAGCAGUAAGCACAAGCGUUGUAUCUUCAACUGAUGUGGUUUUGCUGUAGAUUAUGAGUCGUUGGUAGCAAUAGCUAGCACUGCUGCUAAAUAUGUGGUUGACAGUCAGCAUUCUUUUAGUUUGUUGAGGUGUAUUAAUACCCGCGGUCCAUUGUAUUACCGGAAAAGUCUAGCUAACCGGAGAUGUUAAGCGUGGAGUCGUUGCAAGUGGCUGAGGAGGAGGUGGUUGAGUCCAGCUCCAAUAAAUUCGGUGACAUUUACACUUUUGUGGCUAAAGGCUGCUUUCCUCAGACGAUGAAUCCUUUACGAAAGAAGAAUCUCAAAAGAUACGCACAGAAAUUUAUCAUUGACGAGGGCAAGCUGUACUAUGUGGGACCCAAGAAAGAGGAGAAGAGGGAGGUGGUGAUCGAGGCUGACAGGAAGAGGCAGAUUUUUCUCGACUGCCACUUUAAUGACAUCGGUCAUCACCUGGGCCAAAAGAAGACCGUCCACAGGAUCCAGAGCAAGUACUACUGGCUGGGGAUCAUCAAGGAUGUUGUGGAUUGGAUAAAAGUAUGUGAGACCUGUCAGCACACAGAGAGGAAUAAAAACCUGGCAAGGACCGUCCGGCCUAUAAAAGUGGACGCACCUUGGGAUAUUGUUGGGAUUGACAUUAUAGGGCCUUUCCCAGAGACACAGCAAGGCAACAACAGUGUUGUAGUCCUCAUUGAUUACUUUAGUAAAUGGCCAGAAGCUUUUCCAGUGCAAAAGACAGAUGCUCUCUCUGUUGCAAGAUGUAUUUCCAAAUGCAUAUACAGGUUUGGUGCCCCUAAAACAAUAGUGUGUACACAGAAUGCAGACUUCUGUGAUGAGGCGACAAAGCUGCUAUGUGACAGGUGGACCAUCUCACAGACGGUGUCUCCUCGGGAUCAACCUCAGCUCAACCCGCUCCACGACUGCACCAGUCCUUUACUGAAGGAAGCCAUUGUGCAGAUGGUGAGGGACAAGCAGGCUGACUGGGAUGACUUCCUGGACCCUGUGCUGUUUCUGUUCCGGACAUCCACCAACCCUACCACUAAGUUCAGCCCUUACUCCCUCAUGUUCAACAGGAAAGUUCAUUUACCCAAUGAGACUACAUUGAGCUUGCUGAAUUAUGACGACCAAGAGCAAGACAUGUAUUCCACAAAGGAGAAGGCCUCAACGUAUAUGACCAUAAUGCAGGAGCAGCAGAACUCUGUGAAGCAGCUGGUGAUAGCCAAUAUGAACGCAGCCUACAAACAAGAGAAGAAGAAGAACGUCAAACGCAGGACACAUAACAUGCCCUCAAUGACAUUUAAAAUCGCAGAUCCCCUGUUCGGUGCAGGAGACUCGCCCUCGCCAAAAAAACUUAAAGACACUUUGUAUUUAUCAUUUCCUGUUGAGACGGUGCUGGCAACUGAGCAAAGCAGCGCAGAGGACAUGAAGACUGAGUUAUCGUAUCACUUAGCUGAGUCUGACGUACACUGAGCAGGGUCGUUACCAAGGAUUGUGGAGUGGACCGAUCAUUGGAGUCCCGACUUCAUGUCGUCAUGAGCUGCCUGACGUCUUGG